GACCUCCCGUCCUGCAGGUGUCGCCAUACACCUUCAUACAUAGACCCGCCUGGAUUGGCCGCAAAAUCGUGAGGCAACUUUACCACUAUGGCAAACAUGUUCUAUAAACAAACAAAAACACAAUAACGUUUUUAUCCAAUCUACUUUUUAAAUGCAACGUUGCUCGCUUUAAUAUAUCAGCGCCAUUGACCGGUAAAGUGCCGCGUGUAGUUGACCUCCCGUCCUGCAGGUGUCGCCGUGCGCCAGUGACGCUGAUGUGACGAACGGAGAAGAGAUUUGUUUAUACACCCAUGUGGUAACUUGUUUGUCGCGCAACACACACGAUUGUAGCAAAUCUUUUAAUUGAGUCAGAUAUAUUUUGCUAUUUUAACUUACAGUCCAUGCGGUUUUCACUCUCGCUGAAGAAGCGUGCGGAACUGUCGCGCUAUGGAUGAUAUAGAGGCUGAAUUGAAUAUCCCGGCAGUGGACUCGCCAGAGGAUGAAACGACAAAUCAGCAGUUAAUUAGAAAAAGAGUUAAACGCCACAAACGGUCACAAUACGAGGGUCCACCCAGAGAGUCUGGUUUUCAUAAAUCCAGCAGACAGUGUCUGAAGAUCAUCCGUGAUGCGAUGCUGCGUCAUAACUGGCAGGAGGCUGCAGAAUAUUUCACAUCUUACAUCCAAACACUGGAGGACACCACUGUUGGUAGACCUGUGACAUCGCUGCCACGUGAGGUCAUUUGGAGGCUAGGCACAGCAAUCCUACAUAAUCUCCCUAAUGCCAACAGUGAAGAUUUCAAUGCUGUAUAUAACCAAAUGAAAAACUCUGGGGUCAAAAACUAUGCUAAGAUUUGUUUGGAACACGGUUUUCAUCUCAUGCUGAAUGGACAGUGGGAUGAAGCUAAGCGUCAACUGUCCGUCGCUGAUGGCUGGAGGUACGGCAAACAGGAGACCAGUCAGUCUCUGGAAAUGAAACUCAUCCGUGCCUACUGUGGCUUUCUAGAUUACUUCAUCUGGUGUGAUAAGAAGUCCACCACAUCAGGGACAGAGGAUGUCAACAGUCCUCAAGGGAUGCACAGCUGCUUCAGACAAGCUUCAGUGACUCUACAGGAGAUUAUAGGACAGCCGGGAAUCUGGGAUCCUUUUGUGUUGAGUUAUGUUGCUAUGCUGGAGUUUUACAACGAUGAGGAAGGAGCGCUGAAGGUUCUGCAGAAUUAUGCUUACAACAAGGACUUCCCAUCAAACCCCAAUGCUCAUGUCUACCUGUACGAGUUCCUCAAGAGACACAAAGCCCCAAAAUCCAAACUCAUCGCUUCAUUAAGGAUUUUACACUCUUUGUUGCCGAGUCACCAGCUGAUGUUGAAGUUCUGCUCUCUGCUACAUCAAACCAACGAACCGAAGAAUCUACAAGAGGCAUUUCUUGUUUGUAUGGACCUUCUUGAGUUUUCCAGCUGGAAAUCUGACAGGAAGGCUUGGAAAUGUCUUCUGGAAAUCAUGCAGAAACAUAAGACGAUACAUUGCUUGUAUCUUAUAAGAAAGGAAUGGGCCAUCAGAAAAUCAUUGUGGCUAGCCAUGCACUUCAGACCGUACAUCGGCAAGGCAGAGUCAGAGAGGGAUGUGAAACUUUUGCAAAUCAAGGCAAAAGUUUUAAGGCUUACGGGUGAAUCAAAUAGAGAUUACUUUAAAAGUGCUCGACUAUCAAGGGAACCGAAAGAAGACAAUACAACAAACACUGAAGACAAACUUGAUGGUUGUGAUUUAUAAAAACAUUCACACAUUGCCUUAUGUUGAAUAUGUAAAUCAUAAUAAGAUUUUCAUAUGAAAACUCUUCAUCUCUCCAUGUUACUAAGGUUCUUUGAUAUUGAUUUCUCACAUAAAAGAAAUGCAGUAAA